AUGCCCCGAAAUAUCUGCAUUACCGCCGUUGAUGGCCACACCGGACACCUAAUUGCGGAGCUGCUAGUCUCCAAUCCAGACUUCAAGAAAAACCUCGACUCCGUCUGUGGCCUCUCCCUCCACCCGCAUUCGGCUGUGUGCAAGGAGUUAGAGAAGCUCGGUGUCAAGAUCGUCCCCCACAAACCUGGCCGUGUGCGGGAAAUGGUGAAAACAUUGGAGCAGACGGGAGCAGACACCAUGUGCCUUAUUCCCCCUCCACAUAAGGAGAAAUACGACAUCACUGUCGAGUUGAUUGAGGCGACCAAAAAAGCGAAUGUUCCAAAUGUUUGCUUGAUCAGCGCUGCAGGAUGUGACCUGGCCGAAAGGGAUCAGCAGCCGAGACUUCGGGAGUUCAUCGAUCUCGAGUGCCUCUUCAUGGCAAGCAAGGGUGAUCCGAAGUCGUCAGCGGGACAUUCUCCAGUUGUUAUUCGCGCCGGAUUUUAUGCAGAAAACCUCCUGCUAUAUGCUCCUCAGGCCCAGGAGGAAGGUCAUCUCCCACUCCCCAUUGGGAAGAAUCACAAAUUCGCGCCAAUGGCCCUUGGAGAUCUUUCCCAAGUUGCAGCGCACGUAUUGACAGGAAAGGGGAAGCACGGAUUCAGCGAUGCGCACAGAGGCCAGCUGAUGGUCCUUACCGCGGAAGCCAGGAGGGUCCUCCACGCGCAAUCCCAAAGUGAUGAGUCGGAGAUUCAAUAUCUCCUCGAAUAUUAUUCCCUGGUCCGUCAAGGUAAAACCAACUAUAUCUCGACCACGGCGUUCCACGACGUCACAGGCGGUCAUCCGCAAGAGCCGCCAGACUUCUUCAAAACCUAUAAGCAAGAAUUCUUGCCCCAUCAUGCCGCAAAGAAAAGAAAGACCGAAAAUAAGUGA